AUGAUCCGGUCACAACUCUGGUCCCAGUUAUCCCGGGGCUCUUCAACCCAAAAUGCAUUACUUUCUCCAUAUACAUUAUUACUUCCACAUCGCACCUUCUCCCAAACACCCUUCCUCCCCGCAAAACCCCUCCCAGCCCGCCUCAAAAUCAACGACGCCGACCUAACAGUAUCCUACCUAAAAGGCACCGGACCCGGUGGCCAGAAGAUUAACAAAACCAACUCCGCCGUACAAAUCAUCCAUGCGCCGUCCGGGAUCGUCGUCAAAUGCCAAGCGACGCGAUCACGCUCGCAGAAUGAAAAGAUGGCGCGCUCGCUGCUGGCGGAUAGAGUGGAGGCUCGGGAGAAGGGGGAUCAGAGUCGGGUUGCGCUGAAGGCGGAGGCGGCGAGGAAGAAGAAGGCUAGUAAGGUUAAGAAGGCAAGGAGGAAGUAUCGGGAUUUGGAGAAGGGCGCUGAAGAGGGAGUGAGUGAGGGAUUGGAGCAGGAGGCGGAUGGGGAUGUAGAAACAGAAGUCGAAGUCGAAGUCGAAAAACGGACGACUGGGAAGGACACGUCGGAGAAGGGCCCGUCGACGUGA